CCUGAAGCUUCACUGAACUUGUAUGAAUUCUGGUAAGCAGCAGAAGCCGGUGCUCACAGGCCACAGGUUCAAGACCAGGAAGAGAGAUGAAAAGGAGAAGUUUGAGCCCACGGUAUUUCGGGACACCAUCGUCUCCGGCCUCAAUGAAGCGGGCGGUGACCUGGACGCUGUAGCUAAGUUUUUGGACGCGACGGGCUCCCGCCUGGACUACCGUCGCUAUGCCGACGCUCUGUUCGACAUCCUCAUCGCAGGGAGCAUGCUGGCUCCCGGCGGGACCCGGAUCGACGAGGGCGACCGGACCAAGGCGGCGGCCCACUGUGUGUUCACGGCUGAGGAGAGCCAUGCCGCUCUGCGCCUCUACGCUCAGGUCUUCUAUAAACUCAUCAGGAGAUACAAAUAUCUGGAGAAGGCCUUCGAGGAGGAAAUCAAAAAGCUGCUGCUCUUCCUGAAGGCCUUCAGCGAGUCAGAGCGGGCCAAGCUGGCCACGCUGACCGGCGUCCUGCUGGCCGGCGGGACGCUGCCGCCGCCCAUCAUCUGCAGCCUCUUCACGGAGAGCCUGGUCAAGGAGGGGAUCUCUGCAGCCUUUGCAGUGAAGAUGUUUAAAGCGUGGAUCGCAGAGAGAGACGCCACCGCGGUUACCUCGUCGCUGAGGAAGGCCAAUCUGGACAAACGACUUCUGGAGCUGUUUCCCGCCAACAAGCGGACGGUGGAGCACUUCUGCAGGUACUUCGGUGAGCGCGGGCUGACGGAGCUGGCGGACUUCCUGCGGCUGCAGCAGAGCCUGGGGACCCGGCGGGAGCUGCAGAGGGAGCUGCAGGAGCGCCUGUCACAGCGGCGUCCUCUGAAGGAGGUCGUGCUGUAUGUGAAGGAGGAGAUGAAGAGGAGCGAGCUGCCGGAGCAGGUGGUGGUGGGCCUGCUGUGGAGCUGCCUGAUGAACGCCGUGGAGUGGAACAAGAAGGAGGAGGUGGUGACGGAGCAGGCCCUCAGACACCUCAAGCUGCACGCCCCCCUGCUGGCGGUGUUCAGCACUCAGGCUCAGUCGGAGCUGGUGCUGCUGCUGAAGAUCCAGGAUUUCUGCUACGACAACAUCCGCUUCAUGAAGGCCUUCUCCAGAAUCGUGGUUCUCUUUUACAAAGCGGACGUGCUCGGCGAGGAGGCCAUCUUGAAGUGGUACCGAGACGCUCCGGCGGCCAGAGGGAAGAGCGUCUUCCUGGAGCAGAUGAGGAAGUUUGUGGAGUGGCUCCAGAACGCUGAAGAAGAGUCCGAGGACGAGGAGGACGAGGAGGACGAGGAGGAGGACUGA